AUGAGUUAUAUCUUAGUUACUGGUGGUGCUGGUUAUAUUGGCUCUCAUACUGUUAUCGAAUUGAUAAAAAACAACUAUAAAGUUGUGAUUGUUGAUAAUUUGGUAAACUCUUCUUAUGAUGCUGUUGCUCGUAUUGAAUUUAUUGUGAAACAAAGUAUACCAUUUUUCAAUGUUGAUAUUCGUGAUCAUAAUGAACUUUCAAAAGUGUUUCAAAGUUAUCCAAUUUCUGGGGUUAUUCAUUUUGCUGCUUUAAAAGCUGUUGGGGAAUCGACUAAGAUUCCAUUGGAUUAUUAUGAUAAUAACAUCAAUGGAACAAUUAACUUACUUAACGUGAUGAAAAAACACCAAGUCAAAACCAUAGUUUUCAGCUCGUCAGCUACUGUUUAUGGGGAUGCUACUAGAUUUCCAAAUAUGAUUCCAAUUCCUGAGCAUUGUCCAAAUGAUCCAACUAAUCCUUAUGGUAAAACAAAAUAUGUUAUUGAACAAAUUUUAAAAGAUUUAUACCAGCUGGACAAAUUUUGGAGAACGGCAAUUCUUCGCUACUUCAACCCUAUGGGUGCACAUCCUUCUGGUUUGAUUGGUGAAGAUCCAUUGGGUAUUCCAAAUAAUUUACUUCCUUAUUUGGCUCAAGUUGCAAUCGGUAGAAGAGAAAAACUUUCGGUUUUUGGUAAUGAUUAUAAUUCCCAUGAUGGUACUCCAAUCAGAGAUUAUAUCCAUGUUGUUGAUUUAGCCCGUGGUCAUAUCGCUGCUCUCGACUAUUUGAAAAAAAUUGAUUCAAAUUCAGGUUUAUACAGAGAAUGGAAUUUAGGUACAGGUAAAGGAAGUACUGUUUUCGAUGUCUAUAAUGCUUUUUGUAAAGCUGUUGGUCGUGAGUUACCAUAUGAGGUUGCACCUCGUAGAGAUGGUGAUGUGCUUGAUUUAACUGCUAACCCAACUCGUGCUAAUACCGAAUUGAAUUGGAAGGCUAAGUUAACAAUCGAAGAUGCCUGUAAAGACUUGUGGAACUGGACAACUGCAAACCCCUUUGGUUUUAAGAUUGAUAACUAUACCUGGUCAAAAUUUGCUGAUUAUGAAAAUAGAUUACACACAAUUAAAAUUAAUGAUUUUGAGGUUUCCGUAAUCAACUAUGGUGCUGCCAUUCAAAAUAUAUCAAUCAAUGGUCAAAGGUUAGUCAAUGGUUUCACUAAUCCUGAAGACUAUAAAUUAUCUAACAACCCAUUGUUUGGUGCCACAGUUGGUAGAUAUGCCAAUAGAAUUUCAAAAGGUGAAUUUUCACUUGAUGGAAAAGCUUUCAAAUUACCAACCAAUGAUGGAAUUAAUACUUCUCAUGGAGGUGAAAAGGGUUUCAAUAAAAAGAACUGGUUAGGUCCUGUGGCUCAACGUAUUGACGACAAGAAAGUUUCUUUAGAAUUCUUACUAGUUGAUGAAGAUGGAAGCAAUGGUUUCCCAGCAGAAGUUGAAACUAUAGUUAAAUAUGUCGUUGGUGAAAGCGGCUUGGAAAUUGAAUUUGAAGCCACUAUAUCUGAAAGUUCGCAACACGAUGCUACUCCAAUAAAUUUAACUAAUCAUACUUAUUUCAAUCUUGAUAACUCAUCAUCUAUUAAUGGCACCCAAUUGAAGUUAUCUACUUCUGACUACUUGGCUGCUGAUAAGUCAAAUCCUCAAUUGCCAAGUGGUGAAUUUCUGUCGAUUGAGUCUACUGAUGUCACCUUAACACAAGAUGUUUCAUUUGAUAGUUGCUUUGUUGUCGAUAAACUGGCAAGCACCCUUGACUCAAGAGACAAACCUUAUAAGACACUUGUCAAGGCUUCGAAACCUGACCUUCCAAUCACUUUAGAAGUUUCAUCGACUGAACCUGCAUUCCAAUUAUACACUGGUGACUUCACCAACGUCAAAGAUUUCAAAUCAAGAAGUGGAUUCUGUGUUGAAGCUGCUAGAUUCACAAAUGCUAUUAACCAUAAGAACUGGGCUAGUCAAGUCACCUUACAUAGGGGUGAGAUCUAUGGUUCCAAAAUUAAGUAUUCCUUUCAAAAUUAG